AUGAGAGAAAAACCUCCCCUAGGGGAAAUCAACACCAUAGCUGGAGGAUAUGCUGGAGGAGCGACUUCCUCGGCUCGGAAGGCCCACGUGAGAAAGGCCAGGUACGGAGAAGUGUUCUCCACCCAACGAACGCACCCCAGAGACCCUUCCAGGGGACAUUUGAUAACGUUAAGUGAAGAAGACGGGGAGGGGCUGUUUAGAUCUCAUGACAACGCACUAGUAGUAACAGCGCAGAUAGCCAACUACCGAACUAGCAGGAUAUUGAUCGACAAUGGCAGUUUCGCAGACAUCCUCUUUUGGGAAGCCUUCAACAGGAUGGGAAUUUCCCCCGAUCGAUUACGGCCAACCCUGACUCCCCUUAGAGGCUUCACAGGGGAAGCCAUCCAGCCGGCCGGUGCGAUUGCCCUGUCGAUACUAGCAGGCACAACCCCCAAGACUGCGUCCCUCAUGGUAGACUUCCUGGUGGUCAAAGCUCAUUCCUCAUACAACGUAAUACUUGGGAGACCAUCAUUGAACCAAAUGAGGGCCGUCACCUCCACGUACCAUUUGAAAGUGAAAUUUCCAACCGGAAGCGGGGUGGGGGAGAUGCGAGACUUUAGAAGUGAUCUCCGAGUGGGCCGCCGAAUCAGAGCCGCCCGCUCAAGCAAGACAGGAACAAGAGGGGGAACACCAAGAGACACGGAUACGAAUGAGUCCGGGAGAGGCAACACAGCCAUCACCCCCAACAGCAAUGGAGCUAGACCACGAAAUGAGGGAUGA